AUGGACGAACUUAUUGAGCCAGCCCUGACAGGCAUGGCUGUGGAGACGCAACAAAGAGAAAUGUUUGGAUUAUUUGUGGACUCUACAUUCCACGGACUGUACCAUUCAUGGAGCACCCGAGUCGAUAUAAACUGGAUGGACUUUCUCCGGUAUCAUUUGGAAUCAGCCUCGGCAACUCUAACAUGGACUAUUCGGUCUCUAAGCACACUUUACAUCGGAAGAUGCCACCAUGACCCUGAUAAAAUUGCCUGCAGUCGAUCAAUGUACGGUCGUGCAUUGCACUGCUUAAUGUCUACGAUGCGGAACCCUAACAAGGCUAAAUCGGACGCGACAUUGGGGGCAGCCCUGCUACUCGGAGUAUAUGAAAUGCUCGACGGAACAAAGCGACUAUCCUGGCUAGCCCAUUCUAGUGGUGUGUCUACACUCAUUCGACUCAGAGGGCCUUCUGCCCAUCGUCGUGGAUUUGGACGUACCCUGCUUAUUUCCUUCAGAGCAUUCCUCGUGGCUGACGCUUUCAUCCGGAAUGAGCCAUGCUUCCUAGAGGAAUCAGAAUGGAGAUCUAUAAUGGAAGGGUGGAUAGCGGACGAAAAAAGAUCCAGUAGAAGGAGUCUAUUGGGUGAAACUGUCGAUCAAGCGUUCAAUGAGAUUGUAGUUUGCCCGGGGUUGCUUGCACGUACUCGCUCCAUGCUGGCUUGUAGCGGCCUUUGUGAUCCGGAGACGUUACUGUUCCAGUCCAGCCGCUGUCAAAACAGCCUCAAGCAACUUAACCACCAACUGAAAGCCCUAUUAUGCGUCUUGGACGAACAUCCAGGCCUUGACGAAAAACCAGAAAUUAUAGGCCCAAUACCCUUUAAUGUCGCCAUAACACUUGCAAAAAAUUCGCUUUGUGGAACGCGGCUGGCCAUAGAAUUUCUUGAUCAACUCUUGCUUGUUCUUCAAGCAAAUCAAUCUCGGUGGUUGGAUUGCUCUGGACGAAUGUUAAUGGAUCAAAUUGGAGAUUCUCGGAACAUGAGCUCGGAUGUUGUGGCAGUGCCAGUGACAGGAGCAGAACCUGACAACAAUGUAAGCGAUUUUGUCUACCAUCAUUUAUAUCAGAAACCUGCGCAGCCUUCCCUUGACAAUAUUGCAUUGUCCAUGGGCAUGCUCGCAGUAGAAUUCAAGGAUUGUCGAAAUGGAGUUGAUGCUCAAACUGAGAGAAGUUAG